GUUUUAGCGCGCAUGACAAGAUUAGUUGCAUAUGAGUGUUUUUUGUUCAUCUGGCUACUAUCGUCCUUGAAUUCUUUUGUUUGUGUAGUAGACGGCAGAUUAUGUUACAGAAAGACCAGAAAAUUCGUCGGAAUAAAUCGAUAGUGUAUACACAGAUGAUCGAUUUUUUAUACAUACGGUCAUAUGCAAUGAAUGUGUAUUGUUAGAGGGUAUCUGUUUGUAGAUAUACGUAAUGGACGUAAAAAAUCCAUGGGAGAGUUUCGGUUCUGAUCAGUAUGAUGACAAAAUUAAUGAGCCCUCUAGUUGCUUUAACAGUAUCAAGCUCAAUGGUUUCCCAUUCCUCAAAAGCCAAUUUACAACCAUUGAUUAUCUUGUUAAAUGUGGAAUUUGUAAUGUAAUACUUCUACCGGAGAGUAUUUCAACGCAUUAUGGUGAUCGACACGCAGAGUCAUCAAAGUCAGCUUCCGCUAUAUUGCCAUAUGAAGCUGUUUCAUGGUGUGAAGAUCAGGCUGAGAUUGAUUCUCAAAAGGAUCGUACUCCCAAACGCACUAAAGUUGCACCUCUUAAGCGCACUAAGCGUUCUGUAAAUAAUUCACUAGAUGCUGCUCUCAGUUCAGGUAAAGCAGGAAAGAUGCAUAUAUUAUAUGAUGGGGUUCGAGAAUUAGAAAAUAACAUAGUUGAACAUCAUGAAGAACUCAGAGAACCAGUGCUGCUAAAAUUGGCGAAAUCAGAUGGAAGAAUACUUCAGGGUGACGAGUUGCCGAAGAAGACCGUUAAAGUACCUGCAGAAAAGAGGCUCAGCGAUCGAUCAAUCUGGUCUGUUGUUUAUUCAAGGGAGCAAUGUAGUUCCGGUAGCUUCGGUGACCUUUCCCAAAAGAGUCAAUUUGAGGAGAGUCGCACUUCGGCAAAAGACAUAUUUGAGUGCCACUCAGGUUUAAGUCACUCUAAUGAUUCCGGUAUUGGCUCUCAAACACAAUCUACCCUUCGUUGUUCUUCCUAUCCACCAACUCCUUCCUUGUCUCCUCAUCUUCCGAGUUCAAGCCCGUCUAAUGUGUCUGAUGACACAACACUCAGUUUUGGUCACUUCCGUCCUGAGUUUCCAAACCGUCCAGUCUCCCGUUCUUCUCAUUCUAGUUCCGGCAGUGGUGCUGGUCCAUUUGACCAGCAUCCUGUUUCUGAUCACAGUGGUUUUCCUCCAACUGUUCUUAAUGUAAAUAGUACAAAAAUAAUUAAUCCGAUUCCCUUAUCAGCAGGAAAAUGCAAAGUUAGUGGUAAAAUACCGACAGUCUGUAUACGUAAACAACGCAUUGGAUCUAAUUCUUCUCUUUCUUUUGUGCCAAGUGACACUAUACCCGUAAUGUCUUCUAGAAACGAAAUGCCGAUAAAUAUGUAUAGUCUAAAGAAUAAUCCACAAGAGACAGACUAUGAGGCAGCUAAACAUGAAUUGCGCCGGAAUGGUUUUCAUGGUUGGAUCUCUGAUGAACGGAGAACUGAUAAUGUCAAACGUUUAUUAGCGUUCCAGCGCAUAUCGGGUUCUUCAAGAAAUCAAAGAAUAUUGCUACAACAAACCCCUAGACAGGUGAAGGGCGUUCAGUUUGCUCCAUCCUUUGUCUCACAGUAUUAUCAAGGUGAACGUUCGGAAAGUACAGGUACCUCUGCUUAUACUGAUACCAGUCAUUUUAUCCAACCCAAUGUCACACUACCAUCAGAAAAAUCAAGUAGAUUAGAUUUGAUGGGCGAUAGCUUAUUACGAACUAACUGUUCUUCGGAACCUAUGCUUUCUGACCACUCUGAUAUUAUAACGAAGGAUAAUGAAAUCCAAGAGUUCGUGGAGGAUUUAGAUGAUACUUUUGAUCCUGUCACAGAAUGUGGUUGUCUAGAGGUCGGUAAUAUCAAGUGUAAAAAUUCAGUAUUGUGUACAGUACAUACAAUGGAAGAGAAGCGUAGAGUACCACGUCACCAUGACAUACGUGAUCUUAUGCGUGAAGCACGACAACGGCAUCAAAUGUUAAGACAAGUAUCCAAUUCAUCUUGUCAUCAGUAUCCUUGGGUUGUACAAACUCCUCCCUCACCCAAUACAGUUAUUGAUCUUACCGAUGAUAACAACAGAAAUGAAGCCUAUUGUGAAUCUGUAGGUUCAUUAAACUAUUCAAUACCCCACUUAGCAUCAAGUCAUCCUCAAAUGUUGCGUCAUCAUCACAAUACAUCAGCAGCAGCAACCGCAGCCUUCUCUUCCCAUGAUACCCAAAGUUCACUAUAUUCUAACACAAUCAAUUCAAAUGGUCCUGUUGAUAUGAGAUUUAUAUCGAAUAAAUUCACUGCUAGACUACAUCAGCGAAAUAAGCCAGUUGUUCUUGCCCAACCGUGUACAAUCGUCAAUGUUAUGCCACAGACAGACUCGUUCUUGUCUUCUUCACCUCAUGUAUCGUCUACAACCUCUUCAAAUUUUGAAGUGAAUUCUAUUCCCUAUCAUCAUUCAGUUGGAUUGAAAUCCGGUCCAGCUAGCGAAUAUUUCACUGAAUCUGGUACAUCUGGCGGUGGCGGCAGCCGCGGUGGGGCUGGUGGUGGCUAUUCAUCAACAUCAUAUCCAAAUACUAGAUUGAUUAAUGAACCUCAAUUUCCUACUCAGAGAAUUUGUAUCACUCCCUCACAAUCUACACAAAUUUGGUCGAAUCGGUUAACUACUAAAACUCCUAUGAAUAAUGAUGAGUCAUCUACGCAUAAUGUAGUUGACUUCAAUCGUCUACUUGCCGGUGAAGAUUCAUUCUCAGAAGAAACUUUUACACAACCAUCAUAUCAGUAUAGUCGUCCACGUAGGAUACAUAUCCCGGAACCCUUACCUCCGUCAACAGUUACUCCUAACUCCUCAUGGUUUCCACAAUUAUCAUCAGUCAGUAGUCGACAGUUUCAAGAAAGUCAGGGUCGGGUGAUUGUCAAUGAUAUGCGUGAAAAGUCGAUAACUGGAAGAAACAGAAAAACUGCUAGAACCACAUUUAGAUCUUCCGGUUCUACUACACCUCAAGGUCCAACUCCUACGAAUUUGUUACAUGUACGUUUUCCACAAAAACUACAACAACCAUCGAAUCAACAACAAAUUCAACAAAUUCCUGGACUACUGGGUGGAAAUACUUUGAAGGCUGGAUGUUCUACAUCUGAUUAUAUAGUGCCAAUAAAAGCCAAUGCUACUGGUGUUAUGCACAAACCUAAGAUAGUAUCAUCGUAUUCCUCGGAUGUAUUUAGUUCUAAGAUAUCUUCGUCGGCGUCUUCGCCGCUCUCCUCCUCCUCCGCUACCUCCUCUUCGUCGGCGGCGGCGUCGUCGUCGUCGGUGUCCUCUUCGUCUUCAUCAUCAUCGUCGUCGUCGUCCUCCUGCUCCUCAUCCUCAUCCUCAUCAUCUUCGUCUCUUUAUGAAACUCAAGAGAAAAGUGAUCAGUUGAAUUCUUUCAAUCCUCAACUAGUCCAUUCAUCGUCGUUGUCGCAAUCGAUGAUAACAUCAUCAAAUGAGCCUUAUUCAGCAUCGAUUCAUACUGGCGCAAAAAUUCCCAAUCAACUAUCAGAGUAUACUUCUCUUCUUCUUCUACCAGCACCACUGUUGAUGAUAAUCCAAUCACCAAUAGAGUUUACAAUACACCAAGUGUACUGCAGACGCAUUCAACAACACUGUCAUCAUCGUCGUCUAAUAUUUCAAUGAAUUCUUUGCAUUCCAUUUCUAGACCUAUUAAUUAUAGUAGUAGUAGUAGUAUAAUAAUAAUAAUUAUUUGAAUCUACAACGUCCUAUCCAGUUAACUACUAAUACGCCUACUACUACUUCUACUACACAACCGACUAGAAUGUUAUAUGCCCAUCCAGUUAGUUGUGUUCAACAACAUCCUACAAAUGAUACUAGUCUGUCUUCAUUGUCGAUGCCUUCUUCUGCUUCUUCUUCUCCUUCUUCUACUAAUACAUCAUCCUUAUCGACGACGACGGCAUUGACAGCCACUGCGACUGCCACCACGAAUCGUUAUUUUGUUAUCCGAUCCAGUGCAAUCUCACAAACACCUAAUGUGUUUGUUUGUGCUAAACGCAGGGAUUCUUCUUUUGCUACACCUUCGCCACCUACUAAUAAUAGUACUAAUACGAAUACUAAUUCGCCUAAUCCUCUUUUCACUCCUACGACUAAUGCAACAAGUAAUCUUACAAAUAGAUCUGAGGAAAGAUGAUAUUUAAUUUAUAUUGUGUUGUAUAUCAAGGAGUUUUUUUUUGUAUUAUUUCUCAAAGCAUUUCACAAAAAUCCCCUUACGUUCCUUUCUCUCUCUCUCUUCUCGUGUGCGUGUGCGUGUAUUUUUCACAGUCUUCCAAUGAUGAUAUGUAAAAUACUCGUUUCUUCAACUCUUUGCUUUGGAAUAUAUAUAUAAGCCCAAAAACAAUCAUACCUUCCGCUGCCAUGUAUAUUAAUCACUGUUAUUAUUAUUAUUAGUUGAAAAAGAAAGGUAAGUAAGGUAAGAUUCUGUCUGUUUUCUGUUUGACCAUCUCUCCGCCGUCGCCGCUGCCUCCUCCUCCUCGACUGUUCUCCUUAUUCUUCCUCGUUGUCUCUCCCAUUUUUCUUCGUUUUUCUGGGUUGUUUUUCCUCUGUUCUCUUGCGAUAAUCCUAGUAAUUUAAGAAUACUGGUAAUAGUAUUUGGGAUAAGUCAUAUCACACCACAGUUCUCUGUUGUUGUUUUCUUCUUUCUAAAUCUUGUCAAUUCUCAAUUGUGUGUAUUGUAUUGCUUGUUGUUGUUGUCUUUUUUCUUCUUGGCCAAUUAUGUUUCAUCAUCUAAAAUUAUUAACUCUUCUUUUGUAUAAGUGAGAAACACAACACAGACAACAACAACAACACAAACAAACAUUUAAGUGUCUUUCCCUUCUUUUGUUUCUCUCCUUGUUCUGUUCUGUUUUUGUUUUUGUUUUUUCUGUUCUUCGUCUUUUCAUAUCAUCUUAUCUGUUCUCUCAUUCUUUUACAAUGUGUAUAAAUUUUAUGCAAAUAUGUAUGAUUAUUUGUGGUAUAUUGUUUUAAUGAAGUAAGAAAAUUUAUUUGCUAGACCUAA